UGGAAUUGGAGAUGUUGCAGCUGAUGUUGCUGCCUCGGCUAGUUUGGCUAGCUACGGCUCAGUGAAGCAGAGGGCGUUAUACCCGCCAGGCUGUCAUGGUUUAGAGGAACACAGGACAAAUAGUAAAAAAUGCAACGACCUUAAAUAUGACUUGUCGCUUUUAAGCAGCAUAGAGUUUAUUCAUUUCUUUCCCCAGCAGAGGUUCGACCACUUCACUGUGACUCCACAUUUUCAGACUUUUGGAAGAAGUCAUUUUUGGAGGCUAACUUGAACACAAAAUAUCUGUUUCUACUGCACCUUGGACACCAAGAGCAUUUAGAAUAAUCAUGAGCACCCACGACACAGACGUGCACACCAUCUCUCCAGAGAUGCCAGCAAUGUUUGACGGUAUGAAGUUGGCGGCGGUGGCGACAGUGCUGUACAUCAUCGUCCGCUGCUUGAACCUCAAGAGCCCCACUGCGCCCCCGGACCUCACCUACCAGGACACACCCCUAAACCGCUUCCUUCUCAAGUCCUGUCCUCAGCUGACCAAAGAGUACAUUCCUCCCCUAUUGUGGGGUAAGAGCGGUCACCUCCAGACAGCUCUGUAUGGUAAACUUGGUCGGGUGAGCUCACCUCACCCCAGUGGAGUCAGGAAGUACCUACCCAUGCAGGACGGGGCCACUUCGACCUUUGACCUGUUUGAGCCAAUGGGGGACCAUCAAACAGGAGGUGACAUCACCAUGGUGAUAUGCCCUGGUAUUGGUAACCAUAGUGAGAAGCAUUACAUCCGAACCUUCGUGGAUUACGCCCAGAAGGACGGUUACCGCUGCGCUGUGCUGAACCACCUAGGAGCUCUUCCCAACAUCGAGCUUACCUCUCCACGCAUGUUUACCUACGGGUGCACGUGGGAAUUUGCAUCUAUGGUUGGCUACAUUAAGCGGGCGUAUCCUCAGACUCAGCUGAUCGUGGUGGGCUUCAGUCUGGGUGGAAACAUUGUCUGCAAGUUCCUGGGCGAGAACAUGACGAACCAGGAGCGAGUACUGUGUUGUGUCAGCGUCUGUCAGGGGUACAGCGCUCUCAGGGCCCAGGAAACAUUCCUACAGUGGGACCAGUUCAGGCGCUUCUAUAACUUUCUCAUGGCGGACAAUAUGAAAAAAAUCAUCCUCUCACACAGGCACAGUCUGUUUGGGGGAAGUUCAGUUAAAAUGAUAGAUGCAGAUCUCAGUCGGCUGUACACGGCGACGUCCCUCAUGCAGAUCGACGACAACAUCAUGAGGAAAUUCCACGGCCACAGUUCUCUCAAAGAGUACUAUGAGAAGGAGAGUUGUGUACAUUAUAUUCACAAUGUAAAGGUGCCGCUGCUUCUGGUGAACUCUGCGGACGAUCCUCUGGUUCAUGAUUCACUGCUCACCAUCCCUCGCACACUAGCAGCAAAGAAGCCGAAUGUGAUCUUUUGCCUAACGCUGCACGGGGGCCAUCUGGGCUUCUUCGAGGGCGCGGUGCUCUUCCCCCAGCCCCUCACCUGGAUGGACAAAGUGAUUGUGGGUUACGCCAAUGCCAUGUGCCAGUGGGAGAAACAGAAACCGCCGUGCCAAAGUGCACACCUGAGUGAGAGCUCCUGCACGGAGGAAAAAGCUUAAACCUCUGACUUCUGUAUCUCUCUCACCUCUCGCCCUCUCCGACCCCACUGUCCCAGCACUGAGGAGACACCUGAACUAAACCUUAAACUGUUUUCUCUUCUCUGCCUUCUCCUCUGGUGCUACUCCACCCCUCCCGGCCCACGCUUCCCAUUUCCACGUCUCCGUGCUUUCACUACAGUUCUCCUUUGUAAUCGCCAUCACCCUACAGUGUGCGAAGGGGAAAACAAAAAAAAAAAAAAAGAAGCAAAAAACUGCCUUUGCGCUCUUUUUCCUUUGCGAGGACUUUGAAAUCAGAGCGGGAACGUUUCAUUUCUCGACACGUACACAGCAACCAUCCUUGGCUAAUGGAGGCGUAGACCAAAUAUGACAAAAGAUGAGGCCAAGCUGAGAUUAAAAGGAAAGUAGGAGCACCACUUUAGAGUAGUCCAGAGAAAAACAAGAGCACAUGAGAAACCUCCUAUUACUGUAAACAAGGACUCUUCUGCAGUCGGUGCCCAUUUACAACACCUGUAAGAAGCUCACUGCUUAUCACCGCCAAGGCCAUAUAGCCUGGUCUGCUGUCUUAACCAACACAGCACCUUUGUAGUAUGUAUGUAUGUAACUCACAGAUGUAGUGUGUAUGUCUGUGUGCGCCUGUGUCGACCAAGAACUAGAGACCCGUGACAGACCAUGUGAUCUUUUUGUUUGGUCGAUGUGAUCCGAAUUCUCAGUCGUCCCUAAUGUCCCUUCUUUUGGGUGAACCGUUGCUCCGUUAUUUGUAGAAAAUGUACAGUAGAAAAAAAAAAAGUAUUAUGGUGGGAUUUUACACGUGACUUUCAUUUCGUAACAUCCUAAUGGCACUUUCGUUUGGCACUCGAAAUGAAAGGGUUCAGUGCUUACCAGGCACGACUGGGGAUCCAUGCACAUUCUCACAGCCGCAUUCUAUCACUUUGAUUCAGUGCACUUUAAAUCCUGUAUGCCACAAUCUUUUUAUUUUCCUUAGGUGAAGUGCAGGUAUGGUCAGCGAUAGUUUAGCUCCUCACGUGACCGAGAGGAAGAACUGCAGGGAGCGAAGAUGAUAAUGAAAAGUUAGAUGACUCGAGUGUUCCCUGUGUCGUCGUUCGUCUUGUGUCUUUGAGCCCUCUUACUCUGUUGUCUGCCUUUGAUCAGCUGCAGGUCCAGCCAAGACUCUGACAUUCUUCCCUUACUGCACACACCUGCCACUAGCAAGCCUCCGAGCGACUGAAUGCUCAGCCCUGAAAACACCUCAUUUGGUGCAAACAUCUCUUUUUUUUUUCCCCCAAUCAGAUGAGUGUACGCUGUCAGAUUCUGAAGCUGCAGCGGACUGACUGGCCAUUGCGGUGCUGGUUUUUUUUGUUUGUUUGUUUGUUUUUUAAAGGGAAAGUUCAGCAGUGUUGAGCAGGUUUUCUCUUUGCAAUCUGAGCUGUGAGGUGUGAUUAGCAGGAGGGCAGAGGAUACGGACACCAAACCAAAAUGUUUAUUUUAGUGCAGUGUUUGUAAAAAUACUGGUGAUUGUUCUGUUGUGUAAUUAAGUGGAUAACUCUGCAUGCAAGAAUGACAAGACAGAUUUUAAUGCAAGGGAAUAUUGUUGUUUCAUAGACCGCAUUGAAAGGCUUUCUUAUUUCCUUGACUGGGCUGGACUGUUGCAACACAGCAACUGCUGAACUCCAUCUCUGAUGUGUCUUGAAUACUGCAAUAAUGGGACCUGUGGACUUCUCAAAACCUGAAUCUACUUGAGAAUCUGUUGUAAACCUUUUGUAAGGGCUUAGGAAGCUUCUUUCACUUCAGCCAAGUAAUUUGUAGUCUAAAAUCUGCCACUGAACACUGUGAUGAGACAGAUGGAUGGCUUGAAAUGAUCAGGGACAUCCAGUGAUUGAUGACAACACGUCUUCUGAGGCUGUUUAAGCCCAGAGUUGUGCGUUAGCAGAUCAAAAAUCUGUUGAUGCUAAACAGUACUUUUACAGUAGUUUUUUUUUCUUCCCACUCAAAGCUACCGCUGACUCUGUUCACAAAACACAAGCAACUUUAUGUUUGUUCUUGCCCUUGAAGAUAGUAUUGAAGUUGCAGGUUUUUUUUCUUUUCUUUGUCAGAUGAAUAGUACUGUAAUGGUGAUUCACAUAACUACUGCAAUCAAAGUGAUUGUUCUUUGGCUCAAGGGUAAUUUCACAGUUUAUAAGAGAUCGUUUUUGAGAUUUAAUUGACUUAAAUUCACCCUCCUUUGGUGGAGAUUAUUUUGUGCAAAUACUAUGAAAUCCUGGUGUUUAAUCUCGCCAAUGCCGGCUGGACUGAUAUUAAAAAUAGGGAUUCGCUGAUCCAACUUAAUCCCUCUUCAGCUCGGAGUAUCUGCCAAUACCAAGUAGCGAUGAGAGACCAGUGCCGCCUUUUUCCCCACAUUUAAAAACUGUAUACCUCACAGUGUGAAUCUCAUUAUGAUCAUAUUUUAUUCCUGUGCCUAAAUUGAUGAAAAUUGAAGUGAACACACUGAAUGCUAUUAUGACAUUGACAAUGAAACCGUAUUUAAAGUGGACCAGUGGCGAUGGCGGCCGAUACCUGAGCCACUUGCUGAAGCGUUUGGGUCGGUGCAUCUCUGCUUGAAAAGUGUGGCUGGCAUCUUUGAGCCGACGGCGUCUCUGUUCGCCUCUGAAGGCUUUCCGUCUCGCGUUGUUCAAACUGCAAAUUGUCGUUGCCAUCUGUUGUCAUGGAGACCAAACUACAACUGCCGGUCAUUCAUGGCAGACAUACUGUGGUUCACCUGCAGGGGGGUGAUAUGGUUCAUGGUUCACUCUGUCCACAGCUCUCAUUUCAGCAAAAUCAGGUGUGGUUUGGGCUUCUUUUGGCCCGUUAAAAACAAAUCAGAUCAAUAGUGACAACACCAGCACAAAUUUUUUUGCAGUAAGAGCUAUUUGUGUUCUUUUUAUGAUUUUUGCCUCACACCAACUUUGCACAAAAAUGCAGGUUUGGAUGUAUUUUUUUUCUAGUUGAUUAUUUGUUGUUGUUGUUUUUUUUUUUUGUAUUAUGUAUUUGUUCAUUUGACUUCUUGUGUUAUUUUCUUGUGUAAAUGUAUCAGAGCGUGAGUGUUGAUGAGUACAGUAUGUGUAUACUGUGUCAUAUUAUCACCUCUGAUUGACAAAAACCAAAAUACUUUAACAAUGGAAAAAAACUAAAGAAAUAUAUAAAGAUAGUGUAUAUUCUAAUAUUCGAGGGAACAAGAAUGGAAAAAUAAAGGCAAUAACCAACCAGGA